GACAGUUUGUGCAUCAAUACGUGGUUUUUUUAUUAAAUUUUUUUAAUAAGUUUUUAUUUUUAAAAUGCAAUUCAUUAAAAUUAAAAGAACACUGCUUUCAAGGAUAAAUCUUAAAUGGUGCCUUUAUCUUCAAAUUUCUUUAUUUUUUGUUCAAUAUUUGAUUUUCUAUACAAUAAGGCAGAAUUCUAAUAACACGGAGAAAACAAUCAAAGCUUUAACUGACCAAGAAGAUCAUAUACAAAAUAAAGAUCUACAAGAUAAGAUUGAUUGGGAGGAUACACGAUUUAUUGAAUCCAAUGAAGAAUUUUUAUUAUCCUAUAGAACAACAUAUUUUGUUGCAUUUUCUAUUCAGCAUCCUGAUUCUAGAAAAUGUUUGAGUUUAUAUCAAUUUAAUAAUGAUGCCAAUAUUGUUCUAGGCAACUGUGGACCCGAUCUAAGUUCUAUCAAAGGUUCAGAUGACAUAUUGACUUUAGAGAAGAGUAUCAGGUACAAUGACAUAAAUGAUGAGUGCACUAUGGGAUAAAAUCGAUUUUUUUUCCAAAAACUAUUUUAUUGGCUUAUUUGAAAGGUCUUUAUUCAAGAAAUCAGAAUCUGUUUUAAUUUUGGCCCAAAGUGCAGCAGUGCUGGAGAUAUAGCCCGAAAUGUAUUUUGAUGACCUUCGAUAGUUAAUAUUUU